AUCCUAAUUUGCAGGGCAUUUCAAGCUCUUCAGAAUUUAUCCUACAAAAACCAGAUGUUCUACUCUCACUUUUUCACUUCUUUUGAGCAAGAAAGAAGAACACCAACUUCUGGAACAAAGCAAAAGUGAAUGUUUAUGGCAACCACAGUGAGAUAUGAUUGCAUUUAACUCUCGUUCACGGUAUCGAUUGACUGCAUUUAUGUGCGGUAGAUUCAAUCCUAUGAAAUGUCAAUUUCACAUUUAGUUCCGAUCAGGUUCCCAUCUUGUCUUUGUUUUUUCUGCGUCUCCGGCAACGACGUACAUCGCUUUCAUGGACUGCCGGUGGGUUCUUUUCGAAGUAGAUUACACUUGUCUGAGAUAUCAUCUUGCUCCUCACACACAAGAAGCAAUAGGGUCAAUGAAUUCAAGGUGAAUAGUCGGAAUAAGUAUAGGGUUAACAAGAUCUUGCAAUUUUUGAGGUUUCAUGCUUGUCCGUCAACUGUUUGCCGCUCUAGAAUGAACACUACGGACAUUCGCAUUCUCGAUAACAGCUGUAACAACGGCGAUGUGCAACUGCGGAUGGUUGAAAUCCCUGUUACUUGUUAUCAGGUUAUCGGUCUUCGGGAUCAAGCAGAGAAAGAUGAGAUUGUUAAAUCUGUAAUGGCGUUGAAAAGUGCUGAUAUUGAGGAAGGGUACACUAAAGAUGUUGUUGCAAGUCGCCAGAAUUUUCUUAUGGAUGUUAGGGAUAAACUUCUCUUUGAGCCAGAAUACACUGGUAAUGUAAAGGAUAAAAUUCCACCUAAAUCCUCUCUCCAAAUUCCUUGGUCUUGGCUUCCAGCUGCACUUUGCCUUCUUCAAGAGGUUGGUGAAGAAAAACUUGUGUUGGAUAUUGGCCAAGAAAAACUCAAGAACCCAGAUGCCAAUCCCUUUGUUCAUGAUUUGCUCUUAUGUAUGGCCUUAGCAGAGUGCGCUAUUGCUAAAUCUGGUUUUGAGAAGAACAAAAUUUCCCAAGGAUUUGAAGCUCUUGCUCGUGCACAAUGUCUUCUUAGGAGCAAAGUCUCUCUUGGGAAAGUGACGUUGUUAUCUCAGAUUGAAGAAUCACUGGAGAAACUUGCACCAGCUUGCACAUUGGAAAUAUUGGGAUUGCCUCAUACACCAGAAAAUGCUGAAAGAAGGCUAGGAGCCAUUGCAGCACUGCGUGAACUGCUCAGACAAGGACUUGAUGUGGAAGCUACUUGCCAAGUUCAGGAUUGGCCUAGUUUCCUGAGUCAAGCUCUUCUUAAGCUAAUGGCCGUGGAAAUAGUUAAUCUUCUUCAUUGGGAUACUUUAGCUUUUACAAGGAAGAACAAGACCAUUGAAUCACAUAAUCAGCGAGUAGUAAUUGAUUUUAACUGUUUCUACUUGGCAUGGAUGGCCCAUCUAGCGCUUGGAUUUUCAAGCAAACAAACUGAAUUGAUAAACAAGGCUAAGACAAUCUGUGAGUGCUUAAAAGCAUCUGAUGGUAUAGACCUAAAGUUUGAGGAAGCAUUUUGUUUGUUCCUUCUUGGUCAGGUUGAUGAAGCGGAGGCUAUAGAAAGGCUUCAAAAAUUUGAGCUAGAUACAAACAACUCUUCUCAAAAUUCAGCACUAAGGAAGGAUCAGAAAGAUCUCCCUAGUGCAAAGCAAUCAUUGGAAACUUGGCUCAAGGAUGAUUUGCUUGCCUCUUUUGCUGAUACACGCGAUUCCUCCCCAUCCUUGGUCAGUUUUUUUGCCCGCGAAAAUAGAACAUCUGGCAAUAAACAGCAAAAGGGAGCCAUAAAUACUGGACCCUCUCUAAACCCUAGACCACUGCAUCGUGUUAUUGCAUCUGAUCAUAGAACCAUUGACAAACCUCUUUCCUUUGGGAGUUCUUCCCGGCAUCUUGGACCAGCAGUAAAGAAGCUAGCUCCCUUGUCUAAUUCAGAAGCUACUUUGUUGGAAGGAGGGAAUGUCCAAGAAAAUAUGAAGGCAUCUAAUCAAUUUCAAAGAAACCUAGUAGUGGGGGCAAAGCCACAAAACUGGUUUGGUACAACUGAUAUUGUUGGAAAAGUUUCUUUCCUAACUGCACUUGGAUGCUUACUCUUUGCCACACUGAAGAUAUCAGCAGCCUUGAAACUUGGUAAGAUGGGAAGGUCACCGAAGUUGACCAUGGGGAAGUCUGGACUACAUACAAAUUCUAGUGCUUGGAAUAUGGAUUCUUCCUUAGAUCACUAUUCACAUCAAGCUUCUGCGAGAGAACAAACUAUUUCUAGCAAAUUAAACAAACUAUUAUCGGUAUUAAAGAUAAGUGUACCAAGGUAUGGGAUGAAAGUAUUCAGUUCACAACAAUCUUGCAGUGCUGCCAGUCUUUCGUCUUCCAUGGCUUCUACAUGGAAGAUACCAAUGUCUUUGGAAGAAGCUGAAAUGCUUGUGAAGCAAUGGCAAACUACCAAAGCUGAAGCUCUUGGUCCUGGCCAUGAGAUUCAUAGUAUGUGUGAGAUUUUGGAUGGACAAAUGCUUGCUCAGUGGCAAGCUUUAGCUGAUGAGGCAAAAGGAAGGUCAUGUUUUUGGAAAUUCGUUCUCCUUAAAUUGUCUAUCACACGAGCUGAAAUUUCAUUAGAUGGAAAUCAGGGUGAGAUAGCAGAAAUUGAGGCUGUUUUGGAGGAAGCUGCUGAGUUAGUGGACUAUUCCCAGCCAAAGAACCCAAAUUAUUACAGUACAUAUAGAAUUCAGUAUAUCCUGCGGCGGCUAGAUGAUGGUUCAUGGAGGAUCUUUGAAGGCGAUAUUAUAGCAGCUCCAUAAUAUUAGGAAAAUUUGUAUGAUGUUUCUUUCCUAACCAGAUUUCUAUCGCAAUGUUUUAGGCAACAAGCAAUUGUGGAUAGGAAUUCUACCAAAAUGUUUCAAACCUGAAUGACUUAUCGGGCAGAUUUCUGAAAGAUAUGCAUAUAUAGUAGUAGGGUUGAUGCAAUUUCAGGUUGCUGCCUCUGGCAUAUCCCCGAAAUGGAAGUGAUUAUUUUUUCUUCUUCUUUUUUCUCUUUUUUAUUUUUUAUGUAAGUGUGAUCUUGGGUCUUUACAUUGCCUUGGAAGGGUGGAACCCAAUCUAACCAAAGUUAGGUUCAUUUUAUUUAUUGUUUGUGUAAGACCGUGGAUCCAAUUAAGUCCACUUAGUAGCGUUUGAUUCUCAAAUUUAUUUCCUUAAAAGCUUAGGAUGUCUUGAUUUAA